CCCAUUUUUCAGAAAAUCACUGGCAAAUGUUGCUCGAAAUUAUUUCGCAUAUUGUAGUUGUCAGUUGUCGAGCGUUAAUUGUGUGAUUUCAGUGGAUAUUCUCUUUACGGACGUCAUGGGUUCACUGUGGUGUAUAAUGGCAUUCCUGAUUAAAGGAUUUAGCAUGACCGGAGCCAUUUUGGUUCGCCAACAUGGAGCUCAAAUAGUUGCUACAUUUGAAUGUACUUCUCACACUGACAUAACCAUCAACUUUAUUGACCUUUCGAACACACCACGAAUCAUAGCAGAUUGCGACGCGCAAGUUGGUUCAUGUCAUGUCUAUGACUCGAUUAUUGCAAAGUACUAUGCAGUGACAUACACGGACGAAGGAGCUUUCGUGUACAUAAAGAACACAACGUACGCAUUAGGAAAAUAUACAUGUUGCGAAACGUAUAAUAAAACAAAUUGUGACAGCACGGAGCUUGUAUCCUUUGCUGCAAAUGAUCCGAACAGAAGUUAUGUCCAGAUCGGCAACAAGCAGUCGGAAAUUAUUGAAACCGAUCAAAGUGGUAGGAGCGAUUGCAUGCAAGGUCAAUCGUUCGAUGAAUCUCUAAGGAUGAUGAAAGGAUUCAUAAUAAGUUCAUUUAUUUCAAUACUUAUUUUCAUCCUUAUUUUAAUCGGCAUAUUCUUCAGACGGCUGUAUUUAAAAGGUCAUUUACAGCGAAUCAAACGCACCAAGUCACCCAAGUCAAUUAAUGCAGAAGACAUGAUGGAAACCGAGGAAGUGCCGAUGAUCAAAGUGGAUAACACUUAUGCACAUGAAGAUACUCUAUCCAUGAAAGAUGCACCACGAGAGGUUUCGAUUCACUUGAUGACCGAGGUGGCACUGGUGACUGGGUUACAUGUAACACCCUUAGGAAAAAAUCAUGAAACUUUGGGCAGCGGGGACAGUGGAUUCGGCAGAUCCGGACAGUCAGAAAUUGAUGAGCCACCGGACUCUUUGGAUUUCAUUAAAGACAUCGUAUAGUGAUGCCUAGUGUAAAUCGAUAGAAUCAAAGUAAGUCUUGUUAUGUUUAAACGACCAUAACGACGGUAUUUCCGACAAAUAUAUAGACACAUUUUAA